AUGAUUGUUGGAGCAACGCAACUUGAUAUUGAUAUUCAUGCCAUUUUCACUCGUAAAGGUGAAUGCAAAACAGGUUUUGAGCGUGAUAAUCAAACGCGUGAACAUGCUAUGUUAGUGAAAACAGUUGAUUUUCGUUAUUUAGUUGUUCUCAUUAGUAAAAUGGAUGAUCCAACUGUUAAUUGGGAUCAAGUAAGAUAUGGAUAA